AAAAGGCCAACAAUAUUUUCAUUGCAAAGAGAAACGAUAAAAGUAUCCCACAUAUCGCAAGUCCCCUUACUAAACAAAGAAAGGGUGCGCAUAUUUAUACAACCUAGCCAUUUCCAUCAGUUCCGCCAGAAAGUGUUCUUUUGUAGCAUGAAUGACGCAAAGGUAAGCGUUAGCUUUUCCUGCCAGCGAUGCAUGCAGCCCAUUCAUGUCGACGAUACAUUCGCCAGCCUGGGCGAGCAUACGCUGGCGGAGCUGGCGCUACCGAUCAACUCCCAUCUGGAGGUUGACCUCGAAUCGCAAUCGGUCAGCUUUGACCACUUUGUGCCGCCGUUCCGUGUAACCGAUUCGACAAAUGAUACCAACGGGUUCAUGUUGCUGUCAGACGGCCAAAACAAGGAGUCGCUCGGCCACAGCUUGCGGGUGAAGGCGGAACUGUUCGAUGCGCUAUCGAACAACUCGGAAAUCGAUCAUCCCCUGUGCGACGAGUGUACCGAUACGUUGCUGGAACUGAUGGACAAACAGCUCAAGAUCGCCGAGGAUGAAUGGAACGAUUACAACAACUAUCUGAAGAAGCUGGAAAUGACGGACGAUGUGCCAAACAUUGAAGAGCUGGAGCAGGAACUGGCCGGCCUGAAGGAGGACGAAACACGACUGCUCGAGGAGCUUAGCAGCUUGUCCCGCGAAGAGCAAUCCAUUCGGAAAGCGGUCGAGGAGCAGGAAAAGGAAAAGCAGCGGCUCGAACGCGAGGAGAACAAAUACUGGCGCGAGUAUACGAAGCAUCGCCGAGACGUAAUAACCACCGAGGACGAGUUCCGUUCCCUCGAAUGCCAGAUGGCGUAUGCCCAGAGCCAGCUAGAGAAGCUGAAGAAAACAAACGUCUUCAAUGCAACCUUCCACAUCUGGCACUCGGGACACUUUGGCACGAUAAACAACUUCCGCCUCGGGCGGCUACCAUCGGCUCCGGUCGACUGGUCGGAGAUAAAUGCGGCCUGGGGUCAGACGUGUCUGCUGCUGUCGGCCUUGGCACGCAAAAUGAAUUUCACCUUCAAACAGUAUCGCCUGGUACCGUACGGCAACCAUUCCUACAUAGAGGUCCUGGGCGAAGGUAAAGAGCUACCGCUGUACGGGAACGGAGGAUUCCGUUUCCUAUGGGACUCCAAAUACGAUGCGGCGAUGGUUGCAUUCCUCGACUGUUUGCAGCAGUUCAAGGAAGAAAUUGUCCGCCAAGAUCCAGACUUUUGCCUGCCUUACCUAAUGGAGAAAGGAAAAAUCGAAGAUGCAUCGACCGGAAGCAGUUUUUCGAUCAAGAUCCAAUUCAACUCGGAAGAGCAGUGGACCAAAGCGUUGAAGUACCUGUUGACGAACUUAAAAUGGGUGCUCACGUGGGUAUCGUCUCAGUUCACCGAGGACAAGCAGCGGUAGAACUCAAAAUACCUUCCCUUUGCCCCGUGCAAGUGCGAGGCAAACUGCAGAACUUUCGUGAUAUUACUUCGUUGGCGAUGGUCCUCGUCGUGUAUAGAUAGAACAAAAUACAUCCACUAUGUAUUGCAUAACUCUCUGUUGCGUUAGUGAUAAAUAAAAGUUAAACCAUGAAAUUAUCA